AUGUCUCUCCCCGCAGGUCAGGGAAUCCUCCACCUCCAACUCCCCUCCUCCCAACCGGAGCGCAUCUAUCAUGCCCGCCGCGCGCAUCGGAAAUCCCGCAAUGGAUGCUCCAAGUGUAAACAGCGCCGAGUCAAGUGUGAUGAAUCGAAACCCCACUGCCUUCGCUGCCACAAACUCAAUCUGGACUGUAGCUAUGGACCCAGCAGCAGCAGCACGGACCCCAAGAAAACAAUGACCCGGUUCCUGACCAGCUCGCCGGACUCCAGGGCCUACAACCUAGCCCAGGACACCGUAGGCACCCAGCUCCACGACCUCCUACAGCUACCGCAGGGAGCCUCGCCCUCUAUCCGCGUGGAGGCCCUGCAUCACUUCUACGGCCUCUCCGACCCGGCCCUAGGGCCACAAGCCCCGCAAGCCGAGUACCAAAGACGGGUGAUCCAGCUCGGAUUCGAGUCCCCCUACCUAAUGCACACGAUCAUCGCCUUCGCAACCUCCCACCUCCGCUACACAACCCCCACGAAACACCGCCCCUACGCCCUAACCGAAACCUACCACUGGCAACAAGCCAUCACGCAGUACUCACAGCAACUGACCACCAUCGGCCCGCACAACAUGGACGGCCUUUUUGGGGCGUGCCUGCUCCUAACGGUGCGCUCCUUCGAACUCGACCGCUACGACCCGCACAGCUCUUUUGUUUUCGCUACAUCUCCAGAACAUACCGCCACCGCGCUGACCUGGCUCACCCUGCAAGUGGGGCUGCGGCGGCUGCUGGAGGCCACCGUCCCCUGGCAGCGGGGGAGUAUGUGGUGGGAGGUCUUCAUGGCGUCGGCGGCGCAGUAUCGCGGGAUUUUUGACGUCGAGGAUGAUGAUUCUGAGAGGGUGGUGGCAGGGUGGGGGCUCGAUCCCGGGCUGGCGGAUCUCUGCGGCAUCCAUGCGGGGAGUACCCCCGCCAAUAAUGUGUAUUACGAGCCGGUGCGGAUAUUGAGUGGGUUGGUGCACCUGCCCAGGGGCAUCCGGAGCUUCGGGGCGUAUACCGGCUGGAUGGGACGGUUGGAGCCGGCGUUUUUUGAGAGGUUGGUCUGCAAGGAGGUUGCGGCGUUGGUGGUGUUGCGGGGGUGGUUGGAGUUGUUGGGGAGUGUGGAUUUGUGGUGGAUUGGGGUGAGGGUUAGGUCGGAGGUGCAGGCGAUUAAUUGGUUUCUUGGGGAGGUUUGA